UUCCCAGCCGGAGAGGGAUUCGGCAGGCACCCACCAUGGGGAAAAUCAUCCCUGCGGCUUCCAGUCUCCGGGGUUUUUUCCGAGGCAGAAAUCCAGGCUGCUCUUCCGUUCCCUUUCGCGCUGAUUUAUCCCGCUGUUCGCGGAGCCACGUUUUCCUCGCCUUGACAUCCUCCCCCCUUGCUUUCCCCCCUCGGCAACGAGGAGAAAGGGAAUUCGGCUUCCGAUUUUCUUCCUUCCCACCCGCCUCACUCCGGAGCCCGGGUUUGGGGGCAGAAACCAGCGGUUCCGCCCAGCCGUGGGAGCAGGGACCGAAGCCGUCGCAGCAGGGAUGCGCGUGGGCACGGCGGCUUCCUCCCCCCGCACCUUAUUCUCCGCAAAUUCAUCCCAGAGGAAUCAUCCAGCAACGUGCAUCCUUCGGAGCCCUUUUUCCAGCAGCUCCUUCGGCUCCCGAAUGCAAACGCUCAUUUUAUUUCCCCUCCGGACCCCUCACUUCCUAGAGCAAAUCCUCUCGCUUUACGGUUUCUUUUCCAGGUGGAAAAAAAAAAAAAAAAAAACGAUCGGCUGCUUGGAGGAUGCCCGGAUUUUGCCCGAGCACCCGACAGACCGGGAAGAUUGGGAUGAGGGAGGGAAAAAAAAAAAAAGAUUGUUUUGCCUCUAGAGGGCCCUGGGGAAACGCUGCUGCCGGGGAGCCCGUUCCUCGCUCCCGGAUACGGGAUUUGGGUUUCCGGAGCAAAGCCGGGGAGGCUUGGCAGCCCCGUGGGCUGUGGGAAGGGGUCCCGAGCCUGGGAAAAGGCCAGGGAGGGGGGAUUCCUCCCAGGAAAGGGGUCCCGUACCGCGAGAAGCGGCGCCCGCCGAGUUUUCCCUGCUAACCGCAGGGAUUUCUCUUCCCGGCCGAAGGUUUUGAGGAGCUCGGAGGGAAAAAUCUUGAUUCUCCUUCUCCUUUCCAUGGAGCCGGGAGCGAUGCUGGAGUCGCAGCAGGAAGCCCUGUACCGGGAUGUGAUGCAAGAGAGCUACGAAACGCUGAUGUCCCUUGCAGCGCACAGGCUGGUGCGUGGAAAAGAGGAGGAGGAGGAGGAAGGAGCAGCCAAGGAGAGCCACGAGGAGCUCAAAGCACGUGCGGCGGAGAGGGAAAAGAGCCCGGUGGGAUCGAAGGGGCGGCGAGCGGUGCCACCCGGGCGCCGCGGGGACCGGGCGGGAACGGAGGCGAGCGCGGGGCGGGCGCGGGAACGGCCCUUCGGCUGCGCCGACUGCGGGAAGCGUUUCCCUUGGGCGUCCCACCUGGAGCGGCACCGGCGGGUGCACACGGGCGAGAAGCCCUACGAGUGCCCCGAGUGCGGCGAGAGCUUCAGCCAGGACUCGCACCUCGCCAAGCACCGCCGCGGCCACCGCCGAGUCCCGCCGGCGCCCGGAGCCGCCGGCGCUGAGCCCUGAAAAGCCGGAGCGGCGGGACGAGACGCCGGCAGCCCGCUGCGGGCGGAGGGAGGGCCGCAAAGGAGCGGUGCCGCGGGGAAAAUCGGGGUCGAGGAGCUGGGAAAGCCGAGGAAACAGCGAGUGACACUCGCCACCGCACCGGAGUGGGAUUUAUCCUUCCGGAUGUACAGCAGCGAGCGAGUGGACACCCUGGGAAGGGCCUUCUGGAGGCUGGAUUGAGCUGGUUCCCGCGCCGGGAUCUGGCAUUCCCACGGUGGAUUGAGCAGGUUCCCACGCCAGGAUCCAGCGUUCCCGCAGCGGCCGGGUUCCUGUGCCAGGAUCUGGCGUUCCCACAGUGGAUUGAGCAGGCUCCCACGCCGGGAUCUGGUGUUCCCAUGGUGGAUUGAGCUGGUUCCCGUGCCAGGAUCCAGCGUUCCCGCAGCGGCCGGGUUCCCAUGCCGAGAUCUGGCGUUCCCACAGUGGAUUGAGUGGGUUCCCAUGCCAGGAUCCAGCGUUCCCACAGCGGCCAGGUUCCCAUGCCGGGAUCUGGCAUUCCCACAGUGGAUUGAGCAGGUUCCCAUGCCAGGAUCCAGCGUUCCCGCAGCGGCCGGGUUCCCAUGCCGAGAUCUGGCGUUCCCGUGGUGGAUUGAGCUGGUUCCCGUGCCAGGAUCCAGCGUUCCCACAGCGUCCAGGUUCCCGUGCCAGGAUCUGGCAUUCCCGCAGUGGAUUGAGCGGGUUCCCAUGCCAGGAUCCAGCAUUCACGCAGCGGCCAGGUUCCCGUGCUGGGAUCUGGCAUUCCCACAGUGGAUUGAGCAGGUUCCCAUGCCGGGAUCUGGCAUUCCCACAGUGGAUUGAGCAGUUUUCCGUGCCAGGAUCUGGCAUUCCCACAGUGGAUUGAGUGGGUUCCCAUGCCAGGAUCCAGCGUUCCCGCAGUGGCCAGGUUCCCGUGCCAGGAUCUGACGUUCCCACAGUGGAUCGAGCAGGUUCCCACGGUAGGAUCUGGCAUUCCCGUGGUGGAUUGAGCGAGUUCCCACACCGGGAUCUGACGUUCCCACGGUGGAUUGAGCGGGUUCCUGUGGCGGGAUCCAGCGUUCCCGCAGCGGCCAGGUUCCCGUGCCGAGAUCUGACAUUCCCACGGUGGAUUGAGCGGGUUCCCAUGGUGGGAUCCAGCGUUCCCGCAGCGGCCGGGUUCCCAUGCCAGGAUCUGGCAUUCCCACGGUGGAUCGAGCAGGUUCCCGCAGUGGGAUCUGACGUUCCCACGGUGGAUUGAGCGGGUUCCCGCACCGCAACCCAGCGUCCCCACGGUGGCCAGGUCGGAGUGGGAUAUAUCCUUCCGGAUGUCCAGCAACGAGCAAGCGGACACCGCAGAAAGGGCUUUCUGGGGGGCCAGAGCCACCGGGCUCUGCACUGAGCCGCUUCCCACGUGCCGCUGCCGCACUCGGGAAAAGGCUGAGCAAAAGUAGGGAAUUGCCCCCUGGAAAGAAGACAUCAUUUCCUAAAAAAAAAUAUAUAUAUAUUAAAAAAAAGAUGACUUUUUCUGGCUUGAGGAUGCCCUCGGCUCCCCGGGGGGGAACCAGAAUGGGGAUAUUUCCCCCCUCUUUCGCAGCUGCACAUGGCUGCAUUCUUCACCAAAUCCCAGUUUUCUUCCCCCAAAAGCGCCGGUCAGGAGCGUGUCCCCUCCUGGCCGCGAUGGCUCCGAGGACCUCCAAGAGCUGAGCCCCGGCUCUGCCCCGUGGUCGCAUCUGGGACUCAUCUGUGCCAGGUGAUUCCUGCGGCACAGGGAAUCACUGCCCAUCCCAAAUUUUCUUCCUGAUGCUUUGGGAAAGGGGAAGGAGAGACGGAUGCCAAAACUCGGAAUAACGCGGGAAUAAGCGUCUCGUAGCUCCUGCGCAGGGCCCGCUGCCGCAGGUCGAGCAGCUCCAUCCUUUUUCCACUGGGAAAAAAAUAAAGAAAUAAAAAUAAAAAUAUAUAUAUAUACAAUAUAUACACACACACACACGUAUACCUUUCUCCCCACUCUUAGAAAGCACAGAUUGCUCCGCUAUUUCUCAACGCAACCCCGAGGCUCUGCAAAUCUCAAGCGUGCCAAGGAGUUCCUUAAAAAAGGGGGGGGAAACCAGCUUUUCCAGCUGGAAGAAGCCAAGUCAGCUGUUUUUUUUUUUUUUUCCUCUCCAAAAAAUCAUUUUAAAUAUACUUUUUUUAAUCCGUAAGCGGGAGCUGGCCGCGGGGAUUUCUGCAGUCGCAGCUGCAGGGGUGGGAG